AUGGUGAUGGUCAGCGAUGAGUUGAGGAAGGAGCUGGCACCAACUGGUGUUCUUCGGGCUGGGAUCAAUUUAGCCAACUUCCUGCUGGUCACGGGCAAGAGUGCUGCAGGUGAACCGGAAGGCAUUUCGCCCGACGUGGCUGCUGAAGUUGCGAAGCGGCUGGGCACGGGGCUCCGCCUGGUGCCAUUUCCCAACCCCAAGGACGUGGGCGACGCCGUGGAUGAAGGCUGUUGGGACAUAGCCCUCAUUGGCGCGGAGCCACAACGAGAAGAAAAGAUUGCAUUUAGCAAAGCGUACGUUGAGAUCCCUGCAACCUACUUGGUGCCAAAGGGCUCGCAGUUGACGCGGAUAGACGAGGUCGACUCCGCGACAGUUCGAAUAGCCUGCAUGGCGGGUACCGCAUUCGGCCUUUGGUUGGACAAAAACAUCAAGCAUGCAAGCAUCAUGAAGGCGGAUUCAAUGGAUGCAGCCCUGAGGCUUCUGCUGGACGGAAAGGCCGACGUGCUCGCAAACUUACGAGAGCGCCUUCUCUCUGACGUUCUGCAAGUUCCUGGGGCCCAACUCGAUUGA